CGUCGCUAGGAAGGCAUCCUCCGCUGCACCCGUCUGCCCACACGAACCGCCAGCACAGCACGAUGGCCCACUGCCGACUGAUGUACGUGUGCUCGGCGCUGCUCGCCGCCGCUGCCGCCGCCGCCGCGGUGGCCGACGCCGCCAUGGACCCGGCGUCCACGCUCGAGUGCCACCGCCGCCUCUACACGUACAAGGUCACCAAGACGGACGCCGACGGGCGCGCCUGCUGGGACGUCAUCAACGUCAUGUCGUGCUGGGGGCGCUGCGACUCCAACGAGAUCUCCGACUGGCGGUUCCCGUACAAGCGCAGCUUCCACCCGGUGUGCCUGCACGACGCCCGCGAGCGCCGCUCUGUGCGCCUGCGCAACUGCGAGGAGGGAGCCGCCCCCGGCACCGAGCGCUACGAGUUCCUCGAGGCCGUCUCCUGCCGGUGCGCCAUCUGCCGCUCCUCCGAGGCCAGCUGCGAGGGACUGCGCUACCGCGGCCAGCGCUCCGGCCCUUUCAAAGCGCUCGGCCGCCGGUAGAGGCGAAGCAGUUCACGCCAACCUAACUGUCGCGUUGCCAGCCAUCCACUCCACGUAUACCAAACUUCGUACUAACAAUGGUUUACCUUCCCUUCUGUUCUCCUUUCAAAGUUCCAUACAGGCUCAUCUACCCUAGCAAAUC